GCCUUUGUCUCUCAUCAACGCAUUAUACACACUUCUCUUUUAUGAGUCUCUCUCUUCUGCUAUCUCUUGAAGUGGCACAAACAUGUGCGGCGGGGCUAUCAUCUCCGAUUAUGUUGAUAUAAGGCCUGGCCGGAAGCUGUCGGCUGAGGAGCUCUGGUCCGAGCUUGACACCGACUCCGACCUCCUUGGCUUCGACUCCUUUAAUGGUAGAGCUUAUCCAAACCAGUUUGGCUACGACUACAAGGUCCCUCAAAAACCCAAGCAACUCAACAAAGUGACGAGCGAUAAGGCUCAGAAAACAAGCCAAUUAGUUGCAGAAAAGGAGAGGAAGAGUCAGAAAAGUCGCAAGAACGUGUACAGAGGGAUCCGACAGAGGCCAUGGGGAAAAUGGGCGGCUGAGAUCAGAGACCCACACAAAGGUGCCCGAGUCUGGCUUGGUACCUACAACACAGCCGAAGAAGCCGCACGCGCUUACGACGAAGCCGCCAAGCGAAUCCGAGGCGACAAAGCCAAGCUCAACUUUUACAUGAAACCCCGUCCGGCUCCUGCUCCGGCUCUCUCUCCCCCGCCGGCUAAGAAGAGGUGCACGCUUCCCGAAUUAACCCAGCCGAGUUUCCAGACCACCGAGGCUCUGCCGCCGCCGCCACCGCCAGCAAACAUGGGCAUGGGCAUGGGAUACCCUUGCAAGAACGAGGAGUUUGAGCUGAAAGAGCCAUUCUCGAGCUUGGAAUCGUUUCUGGGUUUGGAGCCUGAGCAGCAGCAGCAGCAGCAGCCGUGUUCGCUCGGUGGAAGCACCGAGUUCGACUCGGCCGACCUCUGGCUACUAGACGACCUGGUAACGCAUCACCAGCAACAACUGAAGCUCAUGUAUUAGCUUUAGACAAAAACACCAAAAGAUCAAUGGAGGGAUCAUGUGUACGCGAGAGUCUAUGUGAUUAUGGUAGCUUUAGCUUUAUUAUUAUUAAUGCUUUUUUCGGUGCCGUAAAUACCAGAAAUAAAUUUGGCGUGUGUUUGCGUGUGUCA